AUGCUGCCUCCGCCAAUCAACCCCACCACCCUCAACCAAAUCGCGGCCCUGUGGAUGUGGAACCGACACAAACAAGCCCUCAAUCAGAAAAUCUAUAUCCGAGCCGACCGCACAGUGUUUGUCCGCCCCAAGCGCUGGGAGCCUUGGAACAACGACCGGCUUCCUCUCGUGCGGUUCAUUGAGUAUUUCCGAAUGUUGAGGGCCGAUUUUGCAUGGCUAAGUGACGAGCUGAGCAAGAAAUUGCAACAGGAUCCCCUCCGCCAGGGUGCUCCAUUAUCUGUUGAGGCUCAGGUGGUGGUGGGGCUCUAUCGUUUAGGCCAUGACGCAACUUACGUGAUGAUUUCACACGUUUUCAAUAUUGGGAAGGAAACGGCAGACAAAGCGACCGGUCGCUUUGUCCAAGCGGUUCUCAAGGUCCUGAGGCUGCGGACAAUCAGCUUUCCGGGGUUAGAUGCACACGACAAAUGGGACAAGAUCAUCAAGUCGUUUGAAUGGCGACAUGGCAUUCCGGACAGUGUAGGGGCUAUCAAUGGGACUCACAUCCUGUUUGCCAUUCCACCUUUGGAUGAGUGGAAGGGUUACAUUAAUCGGAAAAACUGGGUGUCCUUGGUGUUCCAGUGCGUGGUUGAUGGUGAUGGCAACUUCCGUGAUGUAUUUGGCGGCGGCGCGGGCUCCAUUCAUGAUACCCGGGUUUUCCGCCGGUCCAAUCUCUGGAUUAGUUUGAACAAUGCAUUGGGCCGACAAAUGAGGAUCCCACCGGGGACGCAUCUCAUCGGUGAUGCGGGCUACCCUUUGGAUGUGAACGUGCUCAUCCCAUACCCUUUGGUACUGAAAAACCGGUUCCGCAUCCUUCUCACCACUCAGAAGGCUAACCCGGUGCGUGCGAGAAGAACAGUGUUUGUUUGCAUGAUUCUACACAACCUAAUCUACAAACGCGGCUUGCUUUACUUGCAAGUUUGGGACGAACAAUCACGACACGAGUUACGCUUUGGAGAACUGCCCAGGCUCAAUGAACAUGAUCAGACCCCCCGCCUGCCUGGGGAAUCAUUGUGGACCAGGAGGGAUAGGAUCAGGGACAUGUUGUAUAGGCGCGAGGCUGGCUAG